AGCGAGCGAGGAGGAAGGAAGGAAGGGCCGGCUAGUGGGCGGAACCGGAGUGCGGCUGAUCCUGAGGAAGCAGCAGCAGCAGCAGCAGGAGGAGGCGCAGGGAGGGGCUCUCUGGCUAUCGCUUCCUUGUUAGCUGAGAAGCCGGAGGAGGCGCCGCUGCCGCCGUCAUUAUGGGGGGCUCCCGCGACGACGAGUACGACUAUCUCUUCAAAGUUGUUCUCAUUGGAGACUCCGGAGUUGGCAAGAGCAACCUCCUCUCCCGCUUCACUCGCAACGAGUUCAACCUGGAAAGCAAAAGCACCAUUGGCGUGGAGUUUGCCACACGGAGCAUCCAAGUGGACGGCAAGACAAUAAAGGCUCAGAUCUGGGACACGGCAGGGCAGGAGCGAUACAGGGCGAUCACGUCGGCCUAUUACCGAGGUGCCGUGGGGGCCUUGCUGGUUUAUGACAUCGCCAAGCACCUCACCUAUGAAAACGUGGAGCGGUGGCUGAAGGAGCUGCGAGACCACGCCGACAGCAACAUCGUCAUCAUGCUGGUGGGCAACAAGAGCGACUUGCGCCACCUGAGGGCUGUUCCGACGGAUGAGGCCCGAGCCUUUGCAGAAAAGAACGGCCUUUCCUUUAUUGAGACUUCAGCUUUGGACUCGACGAAUGUGGAAGCUGCUUUCCAGACCAUUCUGACAGAAAUCUAUCGCAUCGUGUCUCAGAAGCAAAUGUCUGACAGACGCGAGAAUGACAUGUCACCAAGCAACAAUGUGGUCCCUAUCCACGUCCCCCCGACCACGGAAAAUAAACCAAAGAUGCAGUGUUGUCAAAAUAUAUAGCAGGUUCCAUUCCUCGAAAGCUGUGUAUAUUUCCCCAGGUCUGAGAUGGAAAUAGAUUCUGAGUUCACAUUGUCCUCUUUUUAGUUCUCUCUCCCUCUCCCUCUCCCUCUCCAUGAAACCUUAUUUUUAUUCUCUCUGGAUUUCUCCAUGUCUUAACUCUUCCCCUUUAUUUCAGUAUUACAAAUCAUCAGUUUGUUUGCAUGUGGCUGCAGCAUUAUCAGAAUGCUAGUCCCGGCAGGGCAGUUUUAAAAAAAUCAUGACUGAUCUCUUUUCCAAACAGGUUGGCUCAUUCAGCAAAGAACUAGAUUGCUGCAGCUUAAGUCUUUGCAAUUCUGAUACUCCUGAGAGUCUGACUGAGCCUUUUAAACCUCCUUUCAGCCUCAAUAUUGCAUCUCAUGGAAUGAGCAUCUCGUGUGGCUUAUCCUGUGGCUCCCAGCAGUAUCCCACAGUUAACAGUACGCAGGAACUACACUAAUUUAUUGCUAAGAGGAGGGAUCCUGGCCCAGGAGGCUGAGUUUUCUCAGUUCCUUAUAUCGGUGGGUGCAUCCAUUCUGAGUAACCUGGUGCCCUCCAGAUGUUUUGGGACUACAUCUCCCAUGAGCCAAAACUAAUGCUGGUGGGGGUUGUAGUUCAAAACAUCUGGACCACUGGGUUAGGGGAGGCUGAUCUAAUGAAUUAGAGUUGUAUGUACGUAACAUUCCCAGAAGAAAUUGCUCACUCCUCCUACCUACUGUGUCCCCAAAUAGCCAAUAGUGCCACUUCAUGAAGAUGGCUAGUUGGAGCGAGGUAAAUGUUUAUCCAGUCACAGCAUUCAAAUAACCAUUUUUGUGCAAGCAAGUGGGGGAUUAGUCGCUUUGCAUGUUGGGGAGGGUGGGUGUAGUUUUAUACUGAGCCAAUGCAGUACCAUUUGUCUUAAGGCCCAAAGAGUUGGUGAUGGGUGCCUUCUGUAGAAGAAGCAGUAAGUCGUAGCUCAGUAGCCCAUCUGCUUUUCUUGCAAGUGCCUAUGGCUUGCAGUACUUCGUUUCAUGCACCCCUGGGCCGCUGGUACAUUUUGCACCUUGGCCUGUGCAGCAAUGCUUGCUGUCAUUCUCAAAAAGGCAUGGAGAAUAUUUGCAGGAUGGGGACAUCAUUGCACCUCCUUCUCUUUAAGUCUCGAGUCCUUGUGAAAGCAGGGUUUGAUUCCAGCAACCACUCAAGGCACAGGAUGGGAUUAAAUCUAGUCUGCAGUUUUGGCAGGAGGCCUCUGUUGCACCUCCCUGUUACUGGCCAGGGAGCGUGCUUGGCCUCUUCCUUGCCCUUCCUCAUUUAUUUAGAGAAGCUCAGGCCAUGCGCAUGAGCCCUGCUGAAGAAAUCCAGAAAUACAUGCCAGAAGAUUUGUUCUUGGAUUCUUGCAGUUUUUAAGCCAACUGUGGAUGUCCCUACUUCUAAAGCACUGUUCAAACAAGCAGUGUUUUUUAUAUCUACACAUACAAGCACGCAUAGAAUACUGUGGUAUUUGGAAAGCCCAUUUGCAACCAGAAGAGGAAAUGGCUCCAGGAAAUAUUUAGGGGGGAGUGGACAGGAAGGAAAGAGGCUUAUCACAAAGAUGCCAUAGACCCAUAUGGUGUCCUUUCCUUCCUGCUGCUCCCACCCCCCACAAGGGCACGUACAGAGUGCUGAAUCUCUCAGCCAGCCUGUCGGUCUUGCGGUGCUCAUGACGUGUGAGGAGCACAGAAGGCAUUGCUGUAGUCCCUUCAUGUUUGUGUCUUUCUCUCCUGUAGUUGUUGAUCUUUUGUUCCACAAACUCCCCCCCCCACCUUUUUGUAAAUUUGCUUUGUACUGUAUGCACAUUCUGUACCUCAAAUAUUUUUUUAUGAUUGAUUUGAAAUUAUUCAUUAUUGGAAUUCUAAUAAAAGAAUCACAGGGGGACUGUUCA